AUGGAAAUCACCUAUAGAGUAGGCCGCGGCAGCCGCCUGGCUGCUGUGCUAGCGUGCGUCGCGGUGUGGUGCGCGGCGUGGCAGCGCGCGCGAGCGGGGGACACAUACUUCUGCCAGGAGCUGGUGAAGGAGACGGUGGGGGCGUGCCCCGACGUGCAGACGAGCAACACGUUCAUGGCGGAGUUUUUCCAGGGCAAGUGGUACGAGAUCGGGUCGACGGCGGAGUCGAAGCUGGAAGUGAGCGGCGAGCUGGGCAUGUCGUGCGUGACGUACAACUUCGUAUUCCGCGGCAUCAACCACAGCCUCAACAGAUUCAGCGUGGUGAAGCGCGGCAUCCGCAUGACCACGCCCGCGCGCCAGUCGCAGAUCCAGGGGCUCUCCAAGUCCGCGCUCGCCGUGCGCGACCACCUGCGCUCGGUCUGCGCCGCCAUCGCGCGGCCCCCCGCGCAGGGCAGCUCCGCCACGCUGCAAGUGAGCAACGCGCAGCAGACGCUGUCGUGGGCGGAGCUCCCCAACGACGUCGAGGCGGACGUCAAGGUCGCGCUGGGCGACAUCGCGAAUUCCAUGGCGCAGGUUUCCGCGCGCGCGGAGCGCGCGUAUAACCUGCUGGCGCGGAUCCAGCAGCUGAACGCGCAGCUGAGCCAGAUGGACCGCGUGUUCUUCAUCUGGCAGACGAAGCAGAAGCUCGUGAGCGCCGUCAAGCAGCUGCAGAGGGAGUCGACGGCCAUCAACAAGGGGCGCGUGAGCAUCAUGAAGUCGGCGCAGAUCGCGACGCGGCGCGUCAACAAGGUGGAGAACAAGCUCGGCAACCUGCGCGGCAAACAAACGCUGCUGCUGAACCUGAACGACAUUGUGGGGCUCACGCGCAACGUGAGCGGGUUUGGGCGCGCGACGGGGCGCAUGGGCGCAGCGACGGCAUCAAUGCGGCCGAUGGCGGGGCUCAUGUUCUCCAACCCGCUCGCCAUGCGCUUCUCCUACUCCGCCAUCGGCGCCGUCACGCAAGUGGAAGCCUCGCAGGUGGGCAAGAUGCAGGUGACGUACGGCAACGGGCGGGGCGUGGUGGAGAACAUGUGGGUGGCGGGGCUGUGGGGCAACCAGGCGCUGUCAGACUCGUACAGCAUGGCGCUCAUCUACUCGUGCUUCGUGCCGCCCGCUAACAUUGGCUCGGGGAGAACAAGCGCGAUCUCCUUCCGCCUUCUGUCCCGCUCCCCAUCCGUCUCUCAAGCGGAUGUUGACUCGGCGCUGCAACUGCUGGAGCAGCAAGGGGUCCCAAUGGGUGGACCCAACCCUUAUGUGCCAACCUUCCAACUGGGCUUGCCGAUCAAGAGGGCGAUUUGCGCCCACCAUGUUGCAAAUCCGCACCUGCGCCAUGUUGAUCUUUCUCGCUGGUGCUUCACUCGCUUCGGGAUUCGCCCCGACCGCAGCACUAUUGGGCGCGUGCUCAAGGGUGCCGACCGUUGGGUGCGACCUGAUGGGGCCGCCGACGUCAUCCGUUUGUUCACUCACUACAUCGAGCAGCUUGACGCCACCAUGUACGCCGAGGGAAGGAAGAUCGUGGUGCUGCUCGACAACGCCAGCAGCCACACGCUCACGACAGAAGGUGUCACCACCGAAGACAUGUUCGGAUUCCGCACGUGCGCGCUCGGGAACGUGCGCCUCGUGUAUCUACCCCCGAACACGACCUGCUUCACCCAGCCUCUUGACCAGGGUCUCAUCUCAAUGGCGAAGGCGCGGUACCGUGCGCACUGGCUCCGCGCCUUUACCGGCAUGUGGUGCGCCGACGGCGCAACUACCGCGGCUGCGCGUUUCAGGCUGAAUUUGCGGCUUGUGCUGAAGUGGCUCCACGACGCUCGAAUGAACGUUGGCCCACGCGCCAUCCAGCGCUGCUGGUGGCGCACCGGAUGUCUUCCCCACGUGUGGGCCAUGUCUCUCCCACACGUGGGGGUCGGGAACGGCAACAACGGCAACAACGGCGGCGCAGGCGGCGGCGGUGCGAAUGUGGCCGACAUCGGCCUCGAUGCAGAGGUUGACGGCGUCGGCCUCCUCAUUGACCAUUUGCGCCUCGGGCCGAGCGCGAUGGCCGCCGCCGAUUUCGUGAACGUUGACGCCAACCAGCCCACCUGCGCCGAAACGGGGGAGGACCCACUUGCAAGGGAGCCCGCUUGCAAGGGAGCCCGCGUCGGCGGCGACGCCCGCAAUGUGGGAGGCGCAUGCUAA